GGUGUUCGAAAGAAGAUGAGUUUUUACAGAAGGCUUCAUUCCUCUUUCCAAAGACUCGUCUCUAGGGAGCACAGAGAGAUCCAUGUGCACAAAGUGCUUGUCCAACCUGUAGCAAUGGAGGCAUGCUCUGACUUUAGCCAGCAAGAACAGGCCUUGCCAGAGAAGCCCCAGAGAAGGAAAUGUUCAUGGUCCAUCCUGUCAGGCAUGAAAAGACUCUGUGUCUGUAGCCAAUCUGACACCUCGAUGGCAGACAGGGAUGAGGAGAGAACAAUUUCCUCACAAAGAAGGUGGAGGCACUUGUCCCGGAAGAAGAUAGCAGCUGAGAACCAGGUGGAGUCAGAGGAGGUGAAGCUGCAGGAGGAUCCAGGGAAAGUUGAACUGGAUCCUACAGGGACGAAGAAGGAGGCGUCGGAGUCGCAGGGGAAGUGGGAAAAAGGGAGCCCAGAAGAGCAGGAAGAAGAGCGCACUCCCACCCCCUCAUUACCAAGCAGCUCCCAUAUGACCAUGGUAAUGACGCUUCUGCUGGCGUCCAGGACAGACGGGGCUAAUCCAGCCACGCAGGCCAGCUGCAGUAACACUCAGGAGGUGCCUGAGACACCAGGACCCCGGGAGCAGCUUCUCAGCCCAGCUCCAAGCCCUGCUGAUGAGAGCCGUGAAGGGUCUGACGACACCCACCCUGGAGCGAUUUCUGCCGCCGAGGAAGAGUUGAGGACCAUCGUGUCUCUACACGGAGACAAGAUGGAGAGAAUGCUCAUCCUCUGCGUCAGGCAAGUGCAGUAUGUGAUGGAUCUGCACUUGCCAGGGACCUACAUGGCCAGCACGACAUCCAGCCCCGAGGAGGGAUCCAGCUGCCUCAACCCCCUAAGCACGUCGGUGGAGGCUGUGAAGACUCUUUUUUCCAUGCCCGGAUACUGGAAGGAAUUUGCCAGCAUCCAAUUUCAGCAGGGUUGGGACAUGAUAGCCUCACGAUAUUACUACUCGCAGGGUGUUGGCGUGAUUGCAAGGUAG